GCGGGGCGGGACCUGUUGCUGCGCAUCCCAUGUAUGCAGAGUCAAAGAAACAUCAGGCCAGAAGGGACCUUAGGAGGUCACAUCCAGUCCAUCCCUCAGCUCAAAGUGGGAUCAUCCGCGACUCAGCUGUCCAGAGGUGUAACUACAGAGCAGGAGCGACUUGUGGCUUCUUGAACUGCAGAGAUACUAGUUUGCCCGCACGCCAGCCACGAUGGAGAAGGAGCCUCUGCUGCAGCUGCGAGUCUUCGACCUCAAUUGCUGGGCAAUCCGCUACCUGAGCAAGCUGCGACAGGAGCGCGUCCAGAUGAUUGCGGACACCCUGAGCCAAGAGUGCUACGACCUGGUGCUCCUCCAGGAGGUGUGGAGCGAGACGGACUACUGCAUGCUGAAACAGAGGCUGUCUGCCUGCUACCCUUCCUCCCACUACUUCCGCAGUGGAGUGAUUGGCAGUGGGCUCUGCGUGUUCUCCAGGUACCCGAUCCUGGACACCUUCCUGUACCAGUACUCCCUCAAUGGCUAUCCCUACAUGCUCCAGCAUGGGGACUGGUUUUGCGGCAAAUCUGUGGGGCUCCUUGUCCUCAAGAUCCAGGAGAUCGUCUUCAACAUCUAUGUGACCCAUCUCCAUGCAGAAUACUGCCGGGAGAAGGAUGCGUACCUCCCCCAUCGAGUGGUGCAGGCCUGGGAGCUGGGGCAGUUCGUACAGCACACCUCGAAGGCAGCUGAUGUGGUGCUGCUGGGUGGGGAUUUGAACAUGCACCCUGAGGAUGUGGGGAUCCGGCUGCUGCAAACCUGGACGGGGCUGCGGGACUCCUUCACUGAUGCCGAGCGGUUUGAGGGCUGCGAGGACGGCUGUACCCUGGUGCCAGACAACUGCUUCACAGACAAGAAGGAGCUGCAGCCCUUCCCGCUGGGGAUUCGCAUAGACUACAUCCUUUACAAGGGUCAGUCCAACUUUGCGGUGAAGUGUGACAGGCUGGUGACCACCACAGGAAAGGCUCCUGGCAAGAGCAUCCCCUACUCGGACCACGAAGCCGUCAUCGCUACACUCUACGUGAGGAGGCACGGGGAAGCCAGUGCCCCGAACAGUAACACAGUGGACCCAGCACUGGUGGACAUCAUGAACGAAGCCCGGACCGAGGUGCGGGUGGGGCUGCAUGCCGCUCAUCGCCAGCGCUACUCCAGUGGCCGCAUGGCUAUCCUGGCCCUGCUCCUGCUGCUGCUGCAGGCCAUGAUGGGCCUGAGCUCCCUGGUGGGCUGGGCUUCACCCCAGCCCUUCCCCAAGUUCUCCUUCUCCAUCCUGGGCUCGCUGGCUGUACUGGUGCUGCUGGUCUCGGGUGUGCUGCACAUCUUCCAUGCCAUCGAAGUCAAGGUGCUCCAGGGCACUGAGGACCAGAUGAGGUUGGCUCUCCAGUCGCUGCAGGACCGGCUCAGCGCCAAGUGAGAGGCCAGGUGUGGGGGGCAUGGGUAGGGACCAAAAGCCUGCAGGAGCCUGGGCACUCUGCAUGCUGCACUGCACUGCCAGCCCCAGGUGCCCCCCCGCACCACACAAU